AUGGGUGUCCUUGCGAAAGUCGAAGAUAGACCUACUCCGCCAUGCGUUUACAACUGGCGUGUCUAUCUUUCGGCCAUUGUGGCUGCCUUCUCUUCUUGCAUGAUUGGCUAUACUACUUCGUUCAUUGGUACCACGGUUGCUCUUGACUCGUUCCAAGAAUACUAUGGGCUUGAUCGGUUGAGUGACUCGAAGGCUAGCUUCAUAUCAGCCAAUAUCGUGUCUCUUUUCCAGGCCGGCGCGUUCUUUGGCUCCAUCUUUGCUUAUACGACAUCGUACUUCCUUGGCAGAAGAGCCAGUAUCUGGAUCUUCAUCAGCAUCUUCCUUGUUGGCGCUGGUAUCACCUUGAGCCCAAGCCACAGUCUAGGUCCCCUGUAUGCUGGACGUGUCAUCUCGGGGUUCGGUGUAGGUGGCUGCACUAUGGUGAUCGCCCCUCCAGCAAUCCGAGGUAGACUUGUCGGUCUAUACGAACUCGGCUGGCAGACUGGUGGCCUCGUUGGAUUCUGGAUCAUCUUUGGCGUCUCAGAAGGCUCGGCUCUGACUGGAAGGAACCAGUUCUUGAUCCCAUUCGCUGUGCAGCUCGUCCCGGCUGGCAUGGUUUUGAUCGGCAGCAUCAUGCUUAAAGAAACACCGCGUUGGCUCUUCAGCAAAGGUCGUCGCGAGAAGGCCAUCGAAAACCUCUGCUGGAUUCGCAACCUUGAGCCUACCGAUCAGUACAUCAUCGAAGAAGUCGAAAUGAUGGAAGCUGCGAAUGAUGAGAUACCCAAAGGCUUCUUCCAGCCAAUCAAGCUUGCCCUGACCGACAACAAGAUCUUGUGGCGUCUAUUCCUCGGUCACAUGCUGUUUGUCUUGCAGAACUUCUCGGGCAUCAACGCUAUCGUGAGUUUCACUUCUCUGCUUCUUUGCCAGGGUCAUUGCCUGCUCUUGCCUGAACAUGAUGUACUAACAAUGUCAAUCACANNGAACUACUACUCUCCAACCAUCUUCAGAACCAUGGGCAUCAACAGCACGUACACGGUCGACCUCAUGACAGGCAUCUUCGGCGUCCUAAAGACUGUGAUGACUGUCCUUUGGUUGACCGUCCUCGUCGACAAGUGGGGCCGCCGCCAACUCCUCGUCUACGGCUCCAUAGCAGGCGCCUCAUGCAUGUACAUCAUCGGCGCGCUCAUCACCUCCAAGGUCAGCAGCAGCAGCGACACAACAACCUCAGACCAUCUCUCUUCCCAAGGCAUCGUCACAAUCGUCAUGGUAUACCUCUGGACCACCUUCUACAUUCCCUCCUGGAACGGCACACCUUGGGUCAUCAAUGCCGAAAUGUUCACCACCGCCUCUCGCAAUGUGGGUCAAGUGUCUGCCUCCAUGUCAAACUGGCUGUGGACGUUUAUCAUCGCUCGCUUCACCCCCGACAUGAUUUCUAGCAUGGGGCCCGAUGGCUGCGGCAUGUAUUUCUUCUUUGCGGGCAUGUCGACGUUGAGUCUGGGGUUUGUGUGGUAUUUGCUUCCAGAGACAAAGUCGGUGCCUUUGGAUAAAAUGGAUAGAUUGUUUGAGAUCAAACCGGUGAGGAGGGCACAGCCGCAGUUGAUGCGGGAGUUGCAAGAGGAGAAUUUGGAGAUGAGUUUGCAGGCCGGCAAGAGGAUGAGUGUUUCUAGUGAGCAUCGGGCUUAG